AUGUCUGUUAUUACGGAAUCACUCGAUGAUCUCGUUCGUGAAGCUGAAAUAUUAAAAACUCGACUUGAAGAAGAACGUGCAAAAUUCAAUGAUAUGGAACUAACAAUUGUUGCUGAAAAACUUGAUCCAUUACCACCAUUUGCAACAAAAUCACGACGAAUUUUAAAAGGUCAUCAAGGAAAAGUUUUAGCUAUUGAUUGGUCAUAUGACAAACGACAUAUGGUUAGUACAUCACAAGAUGGAAAAUUAAUUCUUUGGGAUGCAUUCACAACUAAUAAAGAACAUGUCAUUACAAUGCCAACAACAUGGGUAUUAGCUUGUGCAUAUUCACCAUCAGCUACUACUGUUGCAUGCGGAGGACUAGACAAUAAAUUAACAUUAUAUCCAUUAAAUAUUGAUGAUGAUGCUAAUAAAUAUAAAAAAGUUGUUGCUACACAUGCAAAUUAUAUAUCAGCUUGUAAAUUUGUGCAUUCAGAUCAACAGAUAUUGACAGCUAGUGGUGAUAGUACAGCUAAAUUAUGGGACAUUGAAAGUAGUACACCAAUACAGACAUUUCAAGGUCAUCAAGCUGAUGUAAUGGGUAUUGAUGUAUCACCAUCAGAAGCUGGAAAUAUAUUUGUGUCAGCUAGUGCUGAUCAUAUUGCUAUGGUAUGGGAUAUUCGAACAGGUAGUUAUGUUCAAACAUUUGAAGGUCAUGAAUCGGAUGUUAAUGCUGUUCGAUUUUAUCCAAGUGGAGAUGCAUUUGUUUCAGCUUCAGAUGAUGCAACUUGUCGUCUAUUUGAUUUACGUGCUGAUCGACAAGUAGCAAUAUAUAAAAAAGAAUCCAUUAUAUUUUCAUGUAAUGCUGUUGAUUUUUCUUUAAGUGGUCGACUUCUAUUCGGUGGUUACAGUGAUUAUUGUAUUAAUGUUUGGGAUACAUUAAAAGGAUCACGUGUAGUUACUUUAUAUGGUCAUGAAAAUCGUGUCAGUUCAUUACAAGUAUCACCCGAUGGAACAGCAUUAGGUACUGGAUCCUGGGAUACUACUAUUCGAAUUUAUAAAAUUGAUUAUCAUAUUAACAAUGAUAUUUGUAUAAUGGGUGACGAUUUAAUCAUUUGUAUAGCAUCAUGUCAUAGUACAAAUAACAGUGGUGCACUUGUUGGUAACGAUUCUUAUGAUAUAGAAUGUAUAAAUCAAUGUUCACAACGUCAUACAACAUUAUAUAUUAAUACAGCAGAAAAGUAA